AGCCACUGCAUCUUCUUUCAUUGUGUUCGACCGAAGUUGUACUUGGGUAGAGUCCAGAUUCAACAGGUCGUCAAUAGGUACUCCGCAGCGAAGAUAGCUCGAGAUUCGAAACAGAGACACGCAGUUAAGAAUAAUAAAGGGACGAGAGUGUGUCUGUGUGGGACGAAAAUGCGCGUAAGUAUUUUGAGAAUGCCACGUGCGCGCCAGAAAUGCUUCUGACAAAUUGGAACGAGACAACAGAUAUGUCACAAUAAUCCCUUUCUUGCAGGCUCGCGCUAGCAUUAUUCUCACUCCUGUGCAUCGCGGUUGUGGUGGGCGGGAUGAAGCCCAGCAAGACCCAGGCGAUGACAGAAGUGGCGCAAAAAUGCGCCAGAGUGCAGGAUGGACUCCUACGUUGAAAAUGACCUUGACGCAAACAGUUCCUCGCGGCCAUAGUAGCUUUGCGUCGGAAAAAAUGACACGACGGCGCAUGUCCGUCGCGGUUGGACUGUCGGUCGUGCGCGAACUUCCCCAUCUUGUUGCUCCCGUCUUGGCAACAAAGUUCAACAUUAAGGAUCUGGUUUCCGACCCGGGGUCGAGCAGGAAGAACGAGAACGCGUGGGACAGCUAUUCGCACGCGACCCUGCAGGGUUCGAUCUUUCCGACAAGCAAUCCGUACUUGCCGCAACAUCCCCUGCGUGUUUUGGACGACCUGGAGCCAAUUGCACCUUUGUCGGAGCUGGAACACGAGGAGGAAAAGCACCCGCAGGAGAACUCCGCUCCCGGGGGAGACUACGUGUUCCUGCCGAAGCACCGCUUCGGGGUUCCCUUCCCCGCGGAGCACGAUGUGGCCGAGCGGUUUCCGGACCACCUUCCGGACGCACAGCACGCUCGGCUGCAGUGUCACGACGCUCCCGCGACGUUCGCGGACUCGAGCGGUCGGGGGUGUGCUCACUACAAAGCACAAAACUUUUGCACGGAGGACGGCCAGGCCGGGGCGGGGUGGACGGAAUCACAAGGGAUCGCCACCUUCGCGAGCGGGGGCGUUUCGCCCCUCCAGGCCUGUUGCGUGUGCGGCGGCGGGACGAAAAAGGUGGUCGCGGGUCAGCCCGUGAAAGGUCUGGACAGCCCGGACCGCCGGGUGUUUGCCCCCAUGGACAAGCUCCCCCUGUCGUUCUACCCACUGAAGAGCCGGAGCGGAUACACCACGUACGGCAAUAUGCCACAGGCGCACCGUAGCAAAGAUCCCGUCGCGCCGGGGGAUGAGGUAGCAGAGAAAUACAGCCUCUAUUUCUCCCAGCUGCACGACCGCGAGACGGACUUAAAUCCAGGCGGUCUGUCCGUGGAGUUCUUCAGUGCUGCCACGCAACCGGCAGAUUGGCAAAGCGGUUGGAAACCUGCGAACGUGGACGGCGUGGCGCGAGCACCCUUUGUAGACUACCGGCUGGGGAGUAACCAGCUCACCUGGCUCCCGACCGCAGCCGCAGAGCCAUUGAUUUGGUGGGUGCGAUUCUCGGGGUCCGUGAAUGUCCUGCAAGCGGGCUCGUACCUGUUUGACGUUUCGCCGGAACAGCCAGAAACGUCGACGACCUUGCUGAUUGACGGCAACCAGGUUUUGACGCACGGGCAGUGCCGCCUGUUCACGGAGAGGGACCAGUGCGUAGCCCGUGGCUGCGUGGAAAGCGGGGAAUCCUGCGGAGUGGCAGCACCGCAGGUACAGGAGCUGACCAAAGGCGGGCACUGUGUGCAGCUGUUUGUGCGUGCGAAAAAGUCAGACAUUAAGCGCGCGGUGGCGCUUCGGUACAUGGGCCCUGAUACCGACAGCCAGAUGAUGACGAUGCCGGCCUCGCUUCUUAGCUGCAACCCGGAAGUCAGCCAGAUCUGUCCGACUUCUGCAGUAGAUGCCUGCUCGCAAUCUGGAUCUGCAGCAGCUCCUGCUGUUACCUUCUAGCUUUCGCGAUAAGGACUUGCGCGAGGGGGCUGGAAGUCCGACCCUGAGAACAAGCAUCUACAAAGUAGAUGCAAAAAUGAAGUUUGGUUUCGGAAAUACCGAAUUUUUUUUCCUUGUAAGGUUCGAAAGGCAUAGCAACAUCAUAACGAAUGCAUGUUUGAUGACAUCUGGGCGCGCGAUCAAUGGACAGCGCUGUGUCUGUGCGUGGAUGACUGUUGACAUGUGAGAAAACGAAAAGGUCCCUUCAACGUUGAUCCGCAUGGUUGUAGCCCUACAACACUGCAAGAGCGAAACUUUAUCGUUCUGGUGAAGCACCCCGUGCUCCACUUCCAAGGAUGAGGUUCAGGCCAAAGCUGCUGUGGAUCUGUAUCAGAAGACAGGAAGGAUCUAAACAAGCAUUCGAAAGAACUUAC